ACCAUCUAGCUGCCCAACUCAAGGGGGAGAGAGGGUAUAAAUUUCUAACAGCACUUAGAGGUCUGGUCUCAGGAUCUCCAUCUGGAAAGCUUAUGAAGCCUUGCCCUCUUCAUUCUACUGAUGGGAAAAUGAAAAGAGGACUGACCGGAGGGUCGAGACACCCCUGAACAAACUUGAUGUCUCACUAGUGCAUGAGCCCCAAGACCAAAUGGCAUCCUUCAAAGAGCUGUGGUUGGCAAUCGUUGGUACUAUGAUGGGUCUCUUGACCAUCGCUGCUGGGAUCUUACUAAUUGUACUCAUCGUGAAACAGUACUAUUUCUCCUGUGAGCCCUACAAGUUCAUCCCAAGAUGGAAGGUGUGUGACAGACACAAGGACUGUGCCUUGGGGCAGGAUGAGGAGCAUUGCGUGGAGACCACCCCCAAUGAAGAUUUGCCCCUGGUAGGAGUCCGUCUCUCCAAGGACAGAUCCACUCUGCAAGUGAUAGACAGAGAGACAGAUCUCUGGUCCUCAGCCUGUUUCGACAACUUCACAGAAGCGUGGGCUAAAAUAGCCUGUACCCAGAUGGGGUAUAACAGUUUAAGCAUGGCACCAACUUUCCAGGCCGUGAAGAUUGGCCCAGAGCAGCAGCUGCCUGUCAGUAAGAUCACAGCCAAAGACCAGGAGCUCCAAGUGCAGAACUUCUCAGGGCCCUGCCUCUCAAUGUCCCUGGUUUCCCUUCGCUGUGCUGUCUGUGGAGAAAACCUGCUGGACCCCCGGGUGGUGGGCGGGCACGAAGGAUCUGUGGAGACUUGGCCCUGGCAGGUCAGCAUCCGGCACCACAGGGCUCACUUCUGUGGUGGCUCCAUACUGGACCAUUACUGGAUCCUCACUGCUUCCCACUGCUUCAGGACCUAUCCGGAGGUGGCCCAGUGGAAAGUAAAGGCAGGCACUGACCGUCUAUACUCCAGAAGCCCAUAUUUGGAUAUAGACAAGAUCUUUGUCUUCCAGUUCAACAUGUUAUACCCCAAAGAGAAUGACUUGGCCCUGAUCAAGCUGAAGAAGCCUCUUGUUAUGUCAGGCAGAGUCAGGCCCAUCUGUCUGCCAUUCUUUGAUGAGGAGCUGGCUCCAAACACCCCGCUCUGGAUCAUAGGCUGGGGCUCCAUGAAAGAGUCAGAAGAGAAGUUUUCCAAAACCCUGCAACAGGCGGAAGUCCAACUCAUUGACAGAAAUCAGUGCAACGACAAGGAUGCAUAUUUUGGGAGCAUCACUGAGAACAUGCUUUGUGCUGGUGUCCCUGGCCGCAGUGUCGAUUCAUGCCAGGGUGACAGUGGUGGGCCCUUGAUGUACUUCAAGGAAAGGUGGCAGAUAGUGGGCAUCGUGAGCUGGGGUUAUGGCUGCGGGCAGGACAACAUCCCAGGUGUGUACACCCGAGUCAGUUCCUUUCUCAACUGGAUCUACAACGUACGGAAGGUCCAUCCCAACCCUGGGGAGAGGGUAAUGCAGGCUGAGACUGAAAACCUAAUACUGAAGCAGGGAGUGGUAGCCAGCAAACCCAAGGCACCUCUCAACAGAAGCAAGGAAGACUCUGAAGUCUGCCACUAG